AUGGGUUCUUGCAUACUCAAGUUACUCGUACCGAUACUUGUGCUUGUGUUGUUGACUCAUCAUGGUGAUUCAAGCUCUAUCAUCAGACAUCUUCCUGGUUUUGAAGGCCCUCUUCCUUUUGAGCUUGAAACCGAGUACGUUGGUGUUGGUGAGGAGGAAAACGAUCAAAUGUUUUACUACUUCAUCAAAUCUGAGAGGAAUCCAGAAGAAGAUCCUCUUCUUAUCUGGUUAACUGGAGGAGCUCCCUGCUCUUCUUUCUCUGGCCUUGUUUAUGAGAAUAGGCCUAUUGCUUUCAAGGCUGAGGCCUACAAUGGAAGUAUCCCCUCUUUGGUCUCUACUACAUAUUCAUGGACCAAGUGGCUAGACAAGCAUCCUGAGUAUUUCUCAAAUCCUUUCUAUGUCACCGGAAACUCUUAUUCCGGUAAGGUGGUUCCGGCCAUUUUUCAAGAAAUCUCAAAUGGAAAUUAUAUAUGCUGCAAACCUCAGAUAAACCUUCAGUCGUCUCGAUAUUGGCUAUCCGAAUACUGGGCUAAUGACGAGAGCGUACGCAGAGCACUUAAAGUGGUGAAGGGGACUAAAGAGAAAUGGGAACGAUGUAGAUGGAGUUUGCGUGUUAAUCAAGACAUUAAAAGCACCAUACCAUACCAUAUGAACAACAGCAUCAAAGGCUAUCGAUCUCUCAUACUCAGUGGUGAUCACGAUUUGGCAAUCCCUUUCCUUGCGACUCAAGAAUGGAUUAGGUCUCUAAACUUUUCUGUUAUUGAGAAAUGGAGGCCAUGGAUGAUACACGAUCGAGUCGCUGGAUACACCCAGACUUAUGCAAAUAAAAUGACAUUUGCCACUGUAAAAGGAGGAGGGCACACGUUAGAGUAUAAACCAGAGGAGAGCUCAAUCAUAUUCAAGAGGUGGAUCAGUGGCCAACCUCUUUAA